AGCAGGCGACGAUCCGGCCGCUUUUCGCAAAUUAAUGAUGGUGUCCACGAGGAGAGGAAUCCAGCGACUAUUUUAUUCGAAAUGUUUCAUAAAAGUGCUGGUGAUAUUAACGAUAAGUACCUUUUCUAUAUGUGUUUUUCUUCAUGGGCGAAUGGGACGAACAGAAGUAAAUGAAAUUGUCGGCGAAUUUCCUAUUGGAAUCGGUGUGGUAAAGUUUCCGCAGAGCCUAUACUAUUGUAAAAAAAAUUUUUUUUCCCGAUGGAAAUGUGUUGUUUUUGUCAUUGUUUUCUCUAGUCAAGAACUGAAUGCAUAAUGUUGUAGGGGGCUGUGCGACAAUUUUAUCCAAGGUGUUUUCAUAACUAUAUAUCACCUUAAAACUUAACGAAGACAGGCUAAUGUUCAUGAUAAACCAAGCCUGUCGUGACUUAAAUGAUUGUCAGUACUUUUAUUCAUUCGAGUCGCACGCUUUUACAGUAUAAUUCUUGCCGCGUUUAUCGAAGUCAUCUAUGCAUUGGCUAACGAAGCUGUAAGCUGUAAGUCGAAACUAAAUUUUUGUUUCCUGCCAACGCUUUCCCUUCCUUUGAUAAUUAGCUCUCUAGUAUUCUAACGUGCAACAGACAAAACAUUGCAACGAAAAGUUGUGUAUCAAGAUUGUGGGUAAUUCAUUUGACAAUUAUUAACUUUGGCUAAAUGUUUGGUAGUUAGGCUUCCUCUAAUCCGAUUACAUGCAUUUUUCUACUAAAAGGUUCUUUCAAACCUCUUGGGAGUCUCAAUCGUUCCUUUCGAAAUGUUAAGCGAUUCACGAAAUAUCCGAACUUGAUUGCAACAUAAAAUCGCAAUGUUUUUGCUUCUGCCCGGCGAGAUAUAUUAAUUAAGUGAAUAUUCCUGCAGAAUAUUCGAGUGAUUGGUGCUUGUCUCGAAAUGCUAAGAAACUUAAGACCAAUUGAAUUAUUCCACUUUGGAACGAAUUUUCUAAGCUUGUGUUUACUCAGAGAUCGCUUGGUUAUCGGCGUAUUUAGAUCAGAUGAUCGGGCACGAUCUCGAGUAGGCUUAAAAUACAAAACAGUCAGAAAUAUUCUGUAAAUGCUUAUACAAAACCUCACGCAAACCCAACGAGAGAGUUCAGAUCAGUGAUUGCUUAGAAAGGUAAAGUUUCCGCACAGCCCCAUACUAUUGUAAAACAAAUCUGUUUUCCCAACGGAAAUGUAUUGUUUUUGUCAUUGUUUCCUCUGUUCAAGAACUGAAUGCAUAAUGUAGGAUGGGGCUGUGCGGGAAUUUUACCCUACUAUCAAGAAGUGUGAUAGAACCUAUAAUUGGAAAUUCUGUGAACAUUUUUUAACUAGCGGGAAUUCAACCAAGGCCCAGCUCGGCUGUCGGGUUUCCAUUUUGUCACAUUUGUUUUGUAUUUGUCUGACUAGUCCGCAAUCUUGCACCUCUCUAAUACUGUUUAUUAUAGUAGUAUCAUACGUUUUAAGUUUGAACAUCUCUUCCACACUUGAAUGUAGAGAAACUCACGAGUCAAAAGCAAAUCAAGCCAUAGCAGCAAGUACCUGGAAAAAAAUGAGAAAAAAAAAUAAGAAAUAAGAAAUCAUUUGUGCCCCAGUGGUCAAGUCCUAAGAAGCUCACUGGUGAAUAAACUUGGACGAUAUCCAUCCCAACAGAGGCACAUGACGAUAGGUAUGACUUCAAUAAGCAGACCCAACGGGGCAAACUAUCUCUUAAAAACGAUCCAAAGUUUAUUGGACAAAAUGAAUGACGCUGACAAAAAGAGAACAUUCAUAGUUGUAUUCCUCGCAGACUUUGACAAAGUUUUAAAAGCGAAUGCAGCUUUAGAUCUUUUAAAGUUCUUCUGGAAAGAAAUUGAGGAAGAUCUACUACAUGUAAUUGAAACAUCACCUCAAUUUUAUCCUGAUUUGUCUAAUCUUAAGCUGAAAUAUGGUGACUCGCAGGAUAGGAGGAGAUGGCGUUCGAAGCAGAAUUUAGACUUUGCCUUUCUGAUGUGUUAUAGUAGAAAUCUUUCUACGUAUUACCUCCACAUUGAGGAUGAUGUUAAUGCAUCUCCAAGUUUAAUUCCAAAGAUGGACGAGUUUAUCUCUUCCCAAAAGGGAUACUGGCCAAUGCUUGACAUCUCCGCUAUGGGUCAUGUCGCAAAAGUUUAUCAGGCCAAAGAUCUCGAGAAUGUUGCAUCGUAUUUUUAUCUAAUGUAUGACGAAAUGCCCGUGGAUUGGUUAAUAUGGUAUUGGCGAAUGAUAAAACGAACUGGUAAUGUACACUUGGUAGUUCCUGCAGCUUCUCUCUUUCAACACAAAGGUCUUCGAUCCUCUCUGAAAGAAAAGGAGUGGAUGAGAAAUGCUUCUUAUGAUAGAUACUUUGACCUUUAUGAUCAUAAAUACAACGGAUUAAACCCAGCAGCGGAAGUUUCCUCGUCGAUAGCAUCAAAUCUGGGGAGCCCUCAAGAUGCUUACAGAGGUGGUUCUGGAUACUUUUGGGGAAAGACUGUUCAUACUAAUGACCACGUGACUGUGAAGUUUGAUCAAGCUGUUAAUGUAGAGAAAGUGUUUGUAGACACUGGUUCUAAUUUAGCUGUGAAUGACUGGUUAAAGUUUGGUGUCCUUCAAGCAAAUUUUGAAUCUGAGAAACCCAGAAGUACCUGGUCAUGGCCUGGUACUAAUGCAGAAUCCUGUGGAGACUUUGUAACAGUUGGAUCAUUUGUAGAAGGCAAAGCAAACUUUACUUUGACAGAUUCACCAAAGAUGAAGUGUUUACGGAUUGUAGUCACACAGAGUCAAGAUGAAUGGCUCUUUUUAAGGGAGAUAGACGUUUGGGAGAAGACGUGAUAAGAGUAUCUGAAUUGCCACUCUCUAGUCGAAUUGUGUAGUGUAAUUAAAAAAAUUAAAGGGCACUUAGAUUCAUUAGA